UAUCAUGUUUACGAUAGGCUCUUAUUUGGAGUUCUUCAUUGCACUAUGAUAAAAGUUUCAUGUUCAACUUUUCUAUGUCUCCAUAAGUUAGCUUUUAAUUUAUCUAUGCCAAUUUGACCAAAAAAUAUAUCGAUAUCACAGUCAAUGAACUUCUCUUCUCUAUCUUUUAAAUUGACUAGAGGCAUUUAAUGUAAACAUAAACAACGGUUUUGUACUCAAAAUGUCGUUUAUGUUGUUUGACAAAAGGUAUUACUUUGAAACAAAAGGAAAGAAUAAGUUUACCGAUGAUUGGAGAAGCUGGUGUCGAUUCUGCGCCAGACCUGAUGCACAACAGUAUGUCGAUGUGCUGUCUGGAGAAUGCAUGCCAAGCAUGCCCUCGGUGAAUUGCAGCUCGAUAAACCUUGUGUCAGAAAUAGAGCAGCUAUUCCGAAUAUAUAUAAAAGAAGAUGAUAAGCUCUCCUCGUGGAUAUGUAUAAAUUGUUUCCAAGUAGUGAAAUACUUCCAUGAAAUUAAGGAGGAUACCAAAAAAGUUCAACAAUUAUACUAUGAUCUAUUAAACAGCGUUGAUCCUGCCAUCAUAAAAAAUGAAUUAUCAGUGAUACAAAAACGUUCGAAGCAAACAGUUGAAGAAAUUACAAUUGCCAACGUUGCCCCCUUAAGUGAAUUUGGUCCAUCAACUAUUCCUUUUGAAAAAGAAGUAACUAACAACAGCUUCGAAAAGGUAGAGCUGGUCGGAAGGAAAAACGAUCAUUUCAAAACCGAUAGUAGUUUUUCUCUUCCCGAAACUUACAACAGUAGCGGAAACGAAUAUUAUGAUGCACAUCCAUCAAUUCUUGAUGAUACAGUAAAAUAUGAUUAUUCAGAUUCUGAUGAUUCCACGGACAUCAAUAAUGAAAAUAAAUAUACCUGCGAUAUCUGCCAACAGAGCUAUCAACGCAAAUGUAACUAUACUUCUCAUAUGAUAAAAAAACAUAACUACGUAAGAAGUCCAGAGCGUUAUGUGGAAGAAGAAAAAGAGUUAAUCUAUCCGUGUCCUCAGUGCGACCAAAAAUUCAGAGCGAAAGGGAGAGUGGCGCAACAUCUUCUAUUGGUACAUAAAGAUGAGAAACCAUUUAUAUGUGAAGUAUGUGGGGCUAAAGAAUGCACGAAUCAAUUACUUCAAGAACAUAUGACCAUACACAAAGAUUAUUUGCCUUUUGAAUGUGAAGUCUGCGGAAAAUGUUUUAAAAAGAAAAAGUAUUUAAAGUCCCACAUGUACAUACAUGGCGAUAAACUUAUGUGUCCAAAAUGCGGUGAACAACUAAGUUGCCCUACAACUUACCGGAAUCAUAUGCUAGUUCACUCCGACAAAAUAUAUGACAAAUGCGAAUACUGUGGACGGGAAUUUAAACGUGCUAGAGGAUUGAAAGCCCAUUUAAUACUUCAUAUGGGCAUGCGACCAUAUGCCUGUGAGUUUUGUGAUAAAACUUAUGGUUCAAAAUCUAGUUGCACUAAACAUAUGAAGGAGAAACAUCCGAAACAAUUGGCUACACUGGAAGCCUCUGGGGGAAAAAAAUUUACCUGCGUCCCAAAAUUGGCUGAGUUGAAAUCUUUAGUACGACGCGCGAAAAAUCCGGUUGAUUUACAACGUGGCCCAAAACCAAAAACAAAAACAAAAGUUAAAGUUCCCUCUGAAGCAAAACAUCAAUCCGAAAAAUAAUCACAAACUUGAGGCUAAGCAUAAAAAUAAAAACAAAUACCGUAAUAAAAAUGCUAUCACAAAGUCGGUAAUGAAAGAGAAAAUAAAUUAUUAAAAAUAAAUAAUUCGUCAAUUUACAAGAAAUUAAUUAGUUAUAGCUUGAAAAAACCGUUUAUAAAUAUAAGUUAUUUUUUAUUUUAA